AUGUCGCGAUCGGACGAUGGUGACCCUCAGAACAAGAACCGAAAAAGAAACUCUAGCGGCGCUGAAGAUAGUAGCAGCAACUCGAACCAUCCAGCUAAGAAACUUAAUACUGGGAAUGAUGUCAAGAAGCGACCAGUAGGCCGUCCGCCCUUGAACAAAGCCAAAGGGUCUGGAGCAUCCGGCGAGGAAAAUUCGAAAGCUGGACUUAAUACAGAGAAUUUAGGUCAUAGCGAUAGCAAGGAUAAAAAAGACCAGUCGUUGUCAUUGAUUAAAACGACGGAGCAGGAGUGCAUACCUGUCGAAGAAAGUUACCUAUGGGACAAAUCCCGUAUUAUUCAAUACCAAGAUAACACACUUUGGAUGCACGGUAUCCUCACGCGGGCAGGAUAUAACGGAGUCUGUCAAGCUCUCGGUCAUAACUGGGAUCUUGAAGAAGAAGACCGAGAUUUUACUGCCAAUAUGAUAGUACACUGUGAUAUCAAAAGACAAUGGGACAUACAACGGUUAGAACGGUCUUUAGGAAAGUUUCUUUCCUGCAGCGGCAAUAGGGAAGAUGACUAUUUGGAUGACCUCCAAUCGAGAAAUGUCUACAAAGACACCCAAAUAUAUGGCGUUCCAACGCUAUAUUAUGCCGUGUAUUCUCGGGAUGUCAGAAAGGUUGAGAAAUGGCUACGUGAGGGGGCAGACCCUAAUUUGGCCACAAAUAUAUCGGCGGCACUUUUUGUUACCAGACAAUGCAUUUUCCCGGUUAAUAACCUUCCGGUAAUCGCUUUUGCAGCCCUCCUUGGAGAACCAAAGAUUGUCCGUAUGUUGCUCGGUUUUGGUGCAAAGUCGUCCGUUAUUCCAAGUGUUCUCCGCCUUCCAUAUAUUAAACCGCAGAUAUUUCAGUUGAAGUCCUGGGAGGCGGUUCGCCGGGAGUUUCUAGAUAAUGUAACCACUAACAAGGAUACGGAGUGGUGCAACGAUGUGGUUUUCAAUAGGCUACGUAAGUGUUUAAAUCUAUCAAUGAGAUACGAUUUACACCGUGGUGAUAGCUUCAAAGUUACAGAACGCCACAAACAAUUUGCGAAAAGUCCAAGAUGGGAUUGUUCGCCCUUGUUCCGGGCACGUUUUGAUAUUGUCGGCCAGGAGUUCGGGUUGAAAAAGCUACUGAACCAUGUCCUUAUGAUGACGGAAAAGCCGGACAGGGGGGUAAAACCGACGGUGCUAUUGUUUGCAGGUCCCUCUGGUCAUGGGAAAACUGAGCUAGCGAAGCAAAUGGAAAGGUAUCUCGGAGUGCCAUUCCACUCCGAAAACAUGGCAAGUGUAAAGCGAGAGGACGAAUUUUUUGGUCCCCACAAACCGUACAAGGGGUGGGAAGAUGGUUCACCAGUCAAUAACUUCCUUGCUGACAAUAACGGUAAAAGGUGUAUUGUUCUUCUCGAUGAAGUAGAGAAAACAGGCAUCGAUAUACGUAAUGCUUUACUUGUACCUUUUGAGCGUGGUGCAACUUUGUCGGAUCGAAGAGGCGGUAGCUCCAAAAUGGAUAUAUCUAAAGUAAUCUGGAUUCUUGCGACAAAUGCUCUUGACAGCACAAUCAUGGGAUUCUACGAGGAUAAGGAGCCGAUUACCCCGCAGUUAAUGGCAAAAGAAGGACAGGAGUUUGGAGUCAAAAUGAGGAAGACUCUCCAUGGCGUUUUCGGCGCUGCUUUUACAAGUAGAAUUGAUUUGAUAGUUCCGUUUUUUCCGUUCUCUCCUGACGAGCAAGCCGUUCUUGCUGACCUCGAAAUUGGGGAGAGGAAGAGUCAGUUCAAGCAACCAAUCUCGCUUGAUCCUGAGAACAGAAAAUUAGUCGGUAAUAUCAACCUGAGCAUGGAGAAAGACUACAAAGUGUGCAGGAUCGUCGCAAGAUCAUAUAUGGUCGAAGAGGGCGUGAGGUCAAUUAAAAGAGAGGUAGAUAACCUCGAAAAGGAGAUUUUUGACCAGUACCUUGAUGCCUCCGAAGAUGCAAUAACAGAAGAAGACCAAAAUAACGAAACUGAGUAUACCCUCAAGGCCGACAAGACCCAGGGCAUGGUUCGAGUGGAUGUUGGUAAGACCACCCCAAAGUUACAACUAGGCUAA